AUGAUCAUCCUCACAGGUCCUUCAGCAGAGAUCUCUUCUAUCCUGCUGAGCUCCGCCCCCACAUGUACUGGUCACAUGAUUGUGACAUCAUCACAGGUCCUACACAACCAGCAUCCAGCAGAUACAGAGCAGGUCCUGGUUACUACAGUUGUGCUGUGUGUGGAGAUCGAUGUGCCACAGUGUGUGCCCCCUGCAGUAAGGAGAUUACAUCAGGAGAAGGUUCCUAUAAGGUGUCAGGAUGUGGCGGUCUAUUUCUCCAUGGAGGAGUGGGAGUAUGUAGAAGGACACAAGGAUCUGUACCAGGACAUGAUGGAGGAUCACCGGCCCCGAACAUCACAAGAUGGAGUCAUUGAUAGAAAUCCACCCGAGAGGUGUCCCCGUCCUCUGUAUUCCCAGGACUGUCCAGAGGGAAAUGUCCCAGAGAAGCAUCAGGGGGAAAAUUUAGUUGAUAUUAAGGUUGAGGUUAUAGAUGACGCAGAAGAGGAGACGGAUUUCUGGACCAAUCAGCAGUAUGGAGUCAUUGAUGGAAAUCCACCCGAGAGGUGUCCCCGCCCUCUGUAUCCCCAGGACUGUCCAGAGGGAAAUGUCCCAGAGAACCAUCAGGUAGAUGAGUCUGAGCCUCAUCAGGAUGAAUACCUGACUAUUAUUAAAGUGGAGGUGGAAGAAGAAGAAGAGAUGAUGAGGAACGAUUACCAAUAUAUUGGGGAAGUGAAGGAGGAAAUUCCAGGAGGUGUUGUCCCAGAAAAUCCCAGUAAGAAUUCUGAGGGAAACUUCAUGUUAUCCCUGAAUGAUAAAGGAGAAGAUGAAGAUAUGAUGGAGCGCUCCUCAGGAGAAGACCUCCUUACCCCUAAUGUCCAUCCAGAUCUAUCCUAUAAUAAUCCACCUGAUCAUGAGGAACCUUCUCCUGACCAACCACACAUUGUUACCACAAGGAGAGGUCAGAAAGGGGGCAAAAAGUUUCAAUGUGAUGAAUGUGGAAAAGAGUUUACAGCAAGCUCGAGUCUUCUUACACACAAAAAAAGUCACACAGGAGAGAAACCGUAUUCAUGUUCAGAAUGUGGGAAAUGUUUUACAGGUAAAUCCAAUCUUUUUGUACACGAAAGAAGUCACACAGGAGAGAAACCAUAUUCAUGUUCAGAAUGUCGGAAAUGUUUUGCAACCAAAUCAACUCUUGCUAAGCAUGAGAGAAUUCACACAGGGGAAAAGGCAUAUUUAUGUUCAAAAUGUGGGAAAUCUUUUACAAACACAUCAAAUCUUAUUAGGCAUAGGAGAACUCACACGGGAGAGAAGCCUUUUUCAUGUUCAGAAUGUGGCAAAUGUUUUACAGCUAAAUCAGAUCUGGGUAAACAUGAAAGAUGUCACACAGGCGAGAAGCCAUUUUCCUGUCCAGAAUGUGGGAAAUGUUUUACAAAUAAACGGAAUGUUGUUGCACAUGAGAGAAUUCACAUGGGAGUGAAGCCCUAUCCGUGUUCAGAAUGUGGGAAAUGUUUUAUUACUAAAAGCACACUAAAGGAUCAUCAGAGAAUCCACACAGGAGAAAAACCAUAUGCAUGUGUUGAAUGUGGGAAAUGUUUUACAAAUAAACGAAAUCUUGUUAUACAUGAGAGAAGUCACACUGGAGUGAAGCCCUAUUCAUGUUCAGAGUGUGGGAAAGGCUUUAUUACUAAAGGCAAACUAAUGAACCAUCAGAGAAUUCACACAGGAGAGAAACCGUAUUCGUGUUCCGAAUGUGGGAAAGGUUUCAUUACAAAAGACAAACUAAAGAAUCAUCACAGAAGUCACACGGGAGAAAAGCCGCAUUCGUGUUCAGAAUGUGAAAAAUGUUUCAUUACUAAAGAGAAACUAAGGAACCAUCAGAGAAGUCACGCAGGGAAGGAGACAAGUUCUUUAUAAUGAAAACAAUAGAGAACAAUGGAAUCUGAAAAAUGCUGUAAAUAUUUUUAAUCUCCUCCAGUUCUUCAGACAAGGGCUUAACCCCUUAAUGACGUAGCCAAUUUUAAUUUUUGUAUUGUAAUUAUUUUCUCCAUUAUACUUUUUUUAAAUUUUCGAUCUCAAGAGCCAUAGGAGGCUCAUUUUAAGUGGGACUUUUACUUUUUUUUUUACUAUUAAAAUAUCAUCAAAAUAAAAUAAAAAAUAUAUAUUUGUGGGGUCAAUUUUAGAAAAAAACAAACACUUUUUUUU